AUGGGAGCCAUGAAGCUGAAUGAGAGGAGUGUGGCCCACUAUGCACUAAGCGACUCCCCGGCCGACCAUACGGGCUUUCUGCGCACUUGGGGCGGGCCAGGGGCUCCACCGACCCCCAGUGGCACUGGCCGAAGGUGCUGGUUUGUCCUCAAAGGCAACCUGCUCUUCUCCUUUGAGAGUCGUGAGAGCCGGGCCCCGCUGAGCCUGGUGGUGCUGGAGGGCUGCACAGUGGAGCUGGCCGAGGCUCCCGUGUCUGAGGAGUUCGCCUUCGCCAUCCGCUUCGACGCCCCUGGUGUGCGCCCACACCUGCUCGCGGCCGAUGGGCCCGCGGCGCAGGAGGCCUGGGUGAAGGCCCUGUCCAGGGCAAGCUUUGGCUACAUGCGCCUGGUGGUGCGCGAGUUGGAGAGCCAACUGCGUGAUGCCCGCCACAGCCUGGCCUUGCAGCGCCACUCAUCCUGGAAGGCCACUGGUGGCCACUGUAAGCCCCAGGCUCCUGACCGCCGGUCUCCGGGCCUGGAAAACGGUCACUCCCCCUCCAAGGAUUGCAGCCCCAUGGACUUGGUUGAAGAAAGGUGCAGCAGGCCAGCAGGGCGGGGCUUGGCCAAGUGGCAGGGCCCUGCCAGGCACUUCCUGGGCAGGAGGCAGAGCCCCUCCUGCCCUGAGACCUCCUACUUCUCUACCCUGCACAACUGGUAUGGCGAGGAGAUCAUGGAGCUGAGGCAGAGGUGGCUGCAGAGGGUCUGGGGGAGCCAGCCAGAACGUGAGAAGCAGGAUGGGCCCUGAGCCUCAGCCUUUCGGGUUCCGCCCUUAUCUUGCUGGUCAGGACUCCAGGGCCAGUGCUUUUUCAGGAAUUUCAGGUUUAUUCGGUGUAAAGUUGCUUUUUUUGAGAGGGUUCUUUCCUUCCUGCUUUUUAGACCUUCUCCAGGUUCCAGAUCCACCCCCGUGCCUGGAGGGGACUGAGGAAUCAUUCCUUCCAGCCCCUUUAUUUCCGGAGGCCCAGAGAGGAGAGGGGGCUUGCUUAGCAGCCCCAGAGCCAGACCCAAGU